AUACGAGCUUAUUCAGAUAUUUCUUACCAGACAAACAGACUACGCGUACGCGGUGAUUCAAUUAUCAAGUAUACAUUCAACAAUUUAUUUUUUAAAUUAUUUUUUUUUUUAAUCUGUAAAUUAAAUUAAAACAUGCAAUAAAAUCGAGUCAAUUAACAGUGACAGUUUCAACAAUGGAUUUAUCAUUAUUAUUUUAUAUCAUCCAAUUAAUAUUUGAUUGAUUAAAUUGUUAUUCCCUAUACUAAACAGUUUAACAAAGUUGUCAUUUAAGUAAACGCCACGGGGUCUGAAGAAGACGAAGAAGAAGAAGAAGAAGCGGAGGAAAGUAUUGAAAGCUUUUGUUGUUUUAUUUUUAAUUAUAUUGUAAAGUGAAAGUCUUGUGUGUUCAUAACUGUGAAAUGUUUUUUGAACAAGUGUGUAAGGAUAACAAUAAUUUUAAUAAUAAUAUCGAUAAAGUCAAGAGAACAAGAGACAGUGUUUUAACAUCAUGUUCGUUGUGGUUAACUGUUGUUGUUUUUGUCGGGGUGAUAAGUGAACAUGUGGUCCCAGUUACGUCUUCGCGAAUAAGCGGUCUUUAUGUAGACAAUGGACUGGACCAAACAGUGGUACACAGAGUACUCACUAAGCGGGAAAAACGGGAUGUAGAGCACGAAAUUUUGAAUUUACUUGGGCUGCCGGACAGACCGCGUAGUGUUAUCGGUAAGGUACCGCAGGUCAAGAGGUCAGCGCCCAAGUUUCUGUUGGAUAUUUAUAAAAAUGCGCUUGGUGAGGACGAGGAUGGCAAACCGGUCGCAACGAGGCUACAUCAAACCGACGGGGAGUUCGACCUCACUGGUCAGGAUCUCAGGGCCAUCGACCAGAGCGAUGUCAUCAUGACAUUCGCCGCGCACAAUCAUCACGUUCCCGGUGUACGGCACGAGCGCGGCAAAAGGCUGUGGUUCGACGUGUCUGAAGUACCCCCCGGAGAACACAUAAUAGGUGCCGAGUUGCGACUCUAUCGCACGAUGGACAUUAAGCAUCGAAGAAAUCGCGGAUCAUUUAUGAUCACCGCGUACCGAGUUCUACGCACCGAAGACGGGAAAAAAGAAUUACAGUAUGUUGAUUCAGUCAAUACGACUACUGGAAAAGAAGGUUGGCUAACAUUAAAUGUUAGCGCGGCACUUCAACACUGGGUAAAUAAUCCUGAAGGGAAUCGUGGUCUUUAUCUCUCUGUUCAUCCGGCAGAUCGGUCUGUGCAUGAAAUGAGACCGGAAGACGUUGGUAUCGUUGGGUUUCGCGGAGACGUCGACAAGCAACCGUUCAUGGUUGGAUUUUUUAAAAGCUCAGGGAUUCGUGAGAAAAAAAUUCGACAAAAACGUGACGCCAGGAGACGAAGGAAAAGCGACGCUUCUCCACUUGAUUAUCGUAACCCGUAUAUUGAUCCUGCAAUACAAUAUAAUUCUCGUACAUGCAGGAUUCAAACGCUUUAUGUUAGUUUUCGCGAUCUUCAAUGGCAGGAUUGGAUUAUAGCACCGGAUGGAUAUGACGCUUAUUACUGUAGCGGCGAUUGUAAUUUCCCACUGAAUGCUCAUAUGAAUGCUACCAAUCAUGCGAUAGUGCAGACUCUCGUCCAUUUAGUCAGCCCAGGAAAAGUACCCAAGCCUUGCUGUGCGCCUACUAAACUUUCACCAAUCUCAGUGCUUUAUUUUGUUGACGAAAGCAAUGUUAUACUUAAAAAAUAUAAAAAUAUGGUUGUUAAAAGCUGUGGAUGCCAUUAAAAUUUAAUUUCGCGCCAUCAAAUUUAUUUAUCAUUUAGGGUAAAAAUAAAAUUUAUAAUUUAAUAUUUUUAAAAAUUAAAUAUGUUAUUAUUCAUUAAUGAAGUUAUAUCUAUAAGUAUAUACCCGAUGAUCAUGUUCGUUUAUUAUUUUAAAAUAUUUACUUAAAUUGAAAAAUUACUGGUUGUCAAGUCAACUAUACAGUAUUUAUUUAUCUUUAGAUAUUAUUAGUUACUCACUAACAUUUUUAUCUUUCAAUCAUUCAUUUUUUUUCGUAUUUUUU